AUGUUUUCGAAUUCCUAUCAGAGCGGUUUUGUGUCGAUUUUCUAUAGCGUAGGGAGCAACCCUCUUGCAAUAUGGGACAAACAAGUAAAAAACGGGCACAUACGCCGCAUAAUUGACGACGAAGUGAAAUCUCUGGUGCUGGAAGUGGCGGGAACGAACGUGGCCACCACGUUCAUCACGUGUCCGAACGACCCUAAACAAUCUUUGGGUAUUAAGCUGCCCUUCCUGGUGAUGAUCAUAAAAAAUACAAAAAAGUAUUUUAGCUUCGAGAUACAGAUUAAAGAUGAUAAAGACAUGCAUAGAAGAUUUAGAGUAUCAAACUUUCAAUCCACCACAAAAGUUUACCCAUUUUGCACGACAAUGCCUAUUGGUCUUAGUGCUGGUUGGAACCAAGUCCAAUUUAAUCUGGCCGAUUUCACUAAACGAGCAUACGGUUCGACAUAUUUAGAAACUACCAGGGUCCAGAUACACGCUAAUGUACGAAUCAGAAGAAUUUACUUCUCUGAUAUGCUCUACUCUGAAGAAGACAUGCCUGAUGAGUAUAGAUUGUACAAACCAACACCAAGUUCGGAAAAAAUCAAGGAAAAAGCUGAAGCCGAUGCUGCUGAAGCUGCCAAAGCAACUAAAGGAGAAGAAACAAAACCACCCGAAGCAGCAGAAGGAGCAGAAGGAGGAGCAGAUGGAGAAGGAGCGGAAGGAGCAGAAAUCCCACCUCCUCCUUCACCAGCUGAACCCGUGGACGAAUCUCAGCCACCAGUUGAAGAAGGCGUUGCUCCACCUCCCGAAGCUGAAGCACCUCCAGCUCCUGAAUCUGAAGUAGCCCCAACAAUGGAGGCCCCCACUGAGGCACCCCCCGCAGAAGAAGCUGCCCCUGUAGCAGCCGAAGGCGGUGAAGCUCCACCCGAAGCUGCACCAGAAGCUGCUGAGGCACCAGCUGAUGCCCCAGCUGAAGCUCCAGCUGCUGAAGUUACUGAAGCACCUCCGGCCGAAGAAGCUGCACCAGCUGAAGCUCCACCAGAAGCUCCACCUGAAGCUGAAGCGCCGGCGGAAGCGCCACCUGCGGAGCCAGCAGCUGAAGAACCACCGCCACCUGUUGAGGAACCCGCCCCCGAAGCUCCGCCAGAGUAA